AUGGACGUCGAACAACAACUUAGCCGGCUGAAUAUCCGCGAUUAUGAGGACAUAACCAGCGAGUUUUUCUCCAUAACCUCCGCCAUCGAGUACGGCUCCAUCGUCAAGUCGCGGCAGUUCAAGCUUCUGGAGGGUACCCACGCCCUGGAGGUGCUGAACCCGAAGCUGGACACCGCGCUGCUGGAGCCUAGUCUUUCAAAUCCAGCCGUCGAGACGCUCGACCAGGCUGCGUGGGUGAUGGUGCGCCUGCUUGGCAGUGUGUGUGCGUGGCUCAACAACAACUCGCUGAGCGUAAGCGUGUUAAGCUGUUAUUAUGUCGAACAGCUUAUUCAGCGAAAACCGGUCACGGGCGAACUUGUGGAGCACAGCGUGGCCCCGUUCGUGAAGGGCGUGAUCAGUUUUGUGAGCAGUGUGCUCAAGCUCGGCGUGGCAGGCGUCAUUUACGAGGAGGAGGACCUCAAUACGCAGACGAUGGAUCUUGAUUUUUCCGUGUACGACGGCGAACAAACGGUGCUGGAGCUGCAGAAAGCCGUUGCGUGGGUGCGCAGCCAGCCAGAGUCUGCAUCGCAGCAGCUUUGCGUGGACAUGCUUUUGCUGAUCGAGCACAGCCUGCACAUUUGCGAAGUCACCCAGAUUUCUGUCGAGUUGUACGAGAACCGUGGGCUGUCGCUCUCGUUCGCCGACAGCGCACUUGGCAUCCUGGCGCGGCUGGCCCAGCCCGAGACCGUUGCGUUUGCCGCAACGCUGCCGGAGGUGGCCUGUUUCUCGGAAAAUGUGCAAAAAACGCUCAAUAACCGGUCGCCGCCCAAACCGUUGGCCCAUUCAGAUUUCCCCGGCUCGCUCGAGAACUUCACCAAGCUGUUCGCAGAUUUCCAGUUCAUGCUGAACGUGCUGGCUGUGCGGGACUCUGUGGAGCUGUACGAGUUUCUGAGCAUCUUUAUGGCCCGCCGCCAGUUCACGACCGACCCGGACGAGAUCCUCGGAAAUCACGUUAUUGUGCGUGCGCUGAUGCAGCUUUUCCUUAUCAGAGACGACCGGUCGAUCUUGGGGUCGCGCGGGUGGAACAUCUCGACGCUUUUGCUGGACGUGUUCUCGAAAAUCUCCUUCCAAAACUCCAAGCUGCAGAGCAGCACCGACGACGAGCUCCGCGCGGGCCUGGAAAAAAUAAUCAUCCAGAUAGAGCCGGCAUUCUACAACUUUCUGACCUCCAUCUCGCAAAACCCGUCUCGCCAGCGCCAGUUCGUCAAUAAGGAGCUGAUUAUGUGGGACUCGAUCCAGGUGGCAGCUGAGAAUUUCGAGCUCGAGAGCCACGCCAAGCUCCAGGACACGUUUGCCAACUCCGAGCUGCCUGUCAUGCCAGUCUCGUCCUUCGUUUACUACCUGAAGCUCACCAAAAUGGCGGAGCUGCUAUUCAAGUCCAUAGAGCUGUGCCUCUUCAAGGACUGCCGCGAACUGCAUCUCGGCUACUGGCUGCUCGCAAACCAGCUCGACUACCUGGUCCAGCACAUAAGACGGCUCCUGGACAUCAACCAGCUGCGACAGACACAGCUGGCGGCGUACUCCAAGCGAAUCAAAAAGGCCAAGGGCGAUAAAAAGGCCAAGCUGCGCGAGGAGUACGAAGCAAAAAAGCGGUCUCUGCCCGAGCUACAGAAAAUGGAGCUCUAUUUCAACAUGCAGCUGGCAAAGUACCAGAUCCACAAAAGUCUCGCGGAAAACCGCGCCACCGUGCUGCGGAUGCUCGGCAAACAGGGCUUCAUGGACCUCCCGAAGCUCUGCAAGGCUUCAGAGGAGAACCUGUAUAAUCUGCAGUUCAAGUCCUUCCAGUCGAUAGGAGUCCCUCAACUGCCCUCGUUCAAAGACUACAAGGAGAUGAUGAAGCAACAGGAAUGGCUCGCGAGCCAGCUGUCCUCCGAAGCUAACGCCAGCUACCAGAGGGGCGUCCUGAAACAGAAAUCGGACGAAAUAAAUGCCAACAUCCGCCGUCUGGAGGCACUGGUAGCAAAAAUGCAGUUCCCCGAAUUUAUCAGUCAAUGGCUUACACAGGAGACUAGACUGCUGAAAAAAGCCAACGUGGCAAGUCUGCUGACGUUCAGCCAGGCGCUCAAGGUGGCAGACCUGCCGAAAUCGCAGGUCGCAGUGGUGUUCGAAAAGUACGACCACCACCUGUACUACCCGAAUAUAAAAGUGGCAGCGAAAUAA